UGAACGCGGCUGCUCGUGUGCGCGGUCAUGCAGAGCAACAGCAGCUCCUCCGGACCUGUGGCCGCUCUCAACGUGUGCGGAGGAGAAGACAACGACAUCUCCGAACUUGUCAGCCCAAAAGAAGCAGCCUCCCACCUGCCCGCUUUUAACUUGUCACUGAACUGCUGGCUUCACAUCCUGUCCAAAGAGUCCUCUCUGGAUCUGCAUGGGGACAGCGCGAACCUGGCGGUCCGGGUUCUCAUCGCCAUGGUGUAUCUGGUGGUGUGUGUCCUGGGGCUGGUGGGGAACCUCCUGGCUCUCUUCCUCCUUCACUCCCGCCGCAGGCGUCAUCACCAUUCCUCCAUUGACUGCUUUGUGAUGAGCCUGGCUCUGACAGACCUCCAGUUCGUGCUCACCCUGCCUUUCUGGGCCGUGGACACGGUGCUGGACUUCCGCUGGCCUUUCGGCCGGGUUAUGUGCAAGAUCGUCAGCUCGGUCACCACCAUGAACAUGUAUGCAAGCGUCUUCUUCCUCACGGCCAUGAGCGUGACCCGCUACCACUCCCUGAUCACGUCCCUGAAGAUGGGAAGCCCGAGGAUGGCCACGGCUCGAGCGAAGUGGGCCAGCUUAACCAUCUGGGUGGUGUCUCUGGUGGCGACGCUGCCUCACGCUUUCUAUUCCACAACAGUCCAGGUAUCUGCAGAUGACGAGCUGUGUCUGGUUCGAUUCUCCGACUCUGACUCAGGUCACUGGGAUCCACAGGUCCUGCUGGGACUCUAUCAAACACAGAAGGUCCUUCUGGGAUUCGUAGUUCCCUUGAUCGUCAUCUCGGUGUGCUACCUGCUCCUGCUGAGGUUCAUCCUGAGCCGGCGCGUCGUCGGCAGCGCGGUCAGCGAGAGCGUCACGGAGAGGUCAGAGUGCGAACGAGGACGCCACCGCCGCCGCUCCAAAGUGACCCGCUCGGUCACCAUCGUGGUCCUGUCCUUCUUCAUCUGCUGGCUGCCCAACCAGGCUCUCACGCUGUGGGGUGUGCUCAUCAAAUUUGACUUGGUGCCCUUCAGCAAGGCCUUCUACAACGCCCAGGCCUACGCCUUCCCCCUGACCGUGUGUCUGGCUCACGCCAACAGCUGUCUGAACCCCGUCCUCUACUGCCUCAUCCGCAGGGAGUACAGAGCCGGACUGAAGGAAGUCCUGCUGAGAAUUUCUCGCGCCCUCCAGAAUAUCCUGACGGUGGUUCUGAGGGGGAGGCGAGUGGAGGAAGCGCCACACGGCAUGGUCACGAUGCACAAAGACAUCAACAUGUGACCGAUCCUGC